CCAGUGUUUCAUGCAAAAAAAGGUCAUGGAGGCGACAUGAUGCAGAAACAGAAAACGUCCUGAUUUACAUUCUAACAUUUUUUGUUUUAGUUUAUAGGUUUCUGUGUUUUGUAAGAUAAAAUCAUGAAUAAUCUGAUGAGUGGUGUUUGUGUUUGUCACGGUGUGUUCCUCAGAGUAACAGCUCGGUUUAUUAUUCCUCACAGAAACUUCACUAACCUUUCCCUAACCUCAGGAAGGAGAGUUCACUCUCCAUCACUCACUCAACCUGGGAGAAAGGAGAGAAAUGAGAGAAACAUGUCCAGCCGACCUGGAGGUGCCAUGAACGUGUUUAACAGAAAUAUGAAGAGAAAGCAGAAGAAAUGGGCAGCGACUUUACCGGACAGCGAUAAAUACGACUACCUGCGAGACGAGGUUGGGAGCAGAGUAGCAGACAGAAUUUACGACAUUGCCAGGACUUUCCCUUUAGCACUAGACGUGGGCUGCGGAAAAAGCCACAUUGCCGAACAUCUCAGCAAGGACGUUGUAGAGCGCUUAUUCCUUACAGACAUCUCAGACGCCUCGUUGAGGCAGAAGAGGCAGAGUGAGAUGCCUACACACUGCGUGAUGGCCGAUGAGGAGUUCUUGCCGUUUCAGGAGAACACUUUUGACCUGGUGGUCAGCAGCCUGAGUUUGCACUGGAUCAAUGAUCUUCCAGGAGCUUUGCGUCAGAUCCAUCACGUGCUGAAGCCCGACGGUGUGUUUGUAGGCACGAUGGUUGGAGGCGAGACUCUGUACGAGUUGCGCUGUUCUUUGCAGCUAGCUGAGCUGGAGAGAGAAGGAGGAUUUGCGCCGCACAUUUCCCCCUACACAGCCGUCACCGACCUGGGCAACCUUCUGGGCCAAGCUGGCUUCAACAUGCUCACUGUGGACGUCGAUGAGAUUCAGGUUCAUUACCCGGGCAUGUUUGAAGUCAUGAUUGAUUUACAAGGAAUGGGUGAGAGUAACUGUGCGUGGAACAGGAAGGCGCUGUUGCACAGAGACACCAUUCUAGCAGCGGCUGCCAUUUAUAAAGAGAUGUACGGUAAUGAAGAUGGAUCCGUCCCAGCCACAUUUGACAUCCUGUUUCUGAUUGGUUGGAAGCCUCAUGAAUCACAGGCGAAACCAGCGAAAAGAGGCUCAGCGACUGUGUCAUUUGCAGAUUUGUCAAAAAUAAGCCGAACACAAACCGGCAACAAAACAGACAAAUCCAGCACUAGCUGACUCAACCGCCUCAUUAAUAUUAAUAUAGAAACAGUAUUGCUUAAUGAAAUGUACAUAAAAACUCCUGUACUGUACGUAAAAAUGCCACUGAAUAACAAAAAGUCAAACAGGACAUUUUGAAUUUAAUGUUGGUGAACUGAUCAUAAUUCGAACAAUUUCCUCAAUGCUAAAAUAAAAUGUUUUGAUAACAAAUAUACAUACAAAUGUAUAAAUAACUGAAAGGCCUUCGGGGUCUUCAGUCACCGCUGACAAACCAUCAUCUCGAAUAAAAGAAAAAUAGUGCA